AUGUUGUAUACGCUUGCAUGGCUCCUCUGCUUUUUCAUCAUUAUAGUUAUCAUCGUUAUCGUUUUUUAUCAGUUAAUAUGUUCAGCAGAUUUAGAGUUUGACUACAUUAAUCCUUAUGACUCUGCAUCUUGGAUCAACAAAGUGAUCUUACCGGAAUUCAUCAUACAAGGGGUCCUAUGUUUGUUGUAUCUCGUGACGGGUCAUUGGAUGAUGUUUAUUCUGGCUGUGCCAUAUCUCUACUACAAUAUGAGAUUGUAUGCCCGGAAACAACAUAUUGUUGAUGUUACUGAGAUCUUUAACCAGCUCAAUCAGGCAAAGAUGCAAUGGAUUUUUAACAUUGGUCAUUUCUGUAGCCUUCUAUUCAUCACCUUAUUUUGGAAUAUAUAUGAUGCAUUAGAAGAAGAUGAAAGGUAG